CGCUUCAGUGACGAUGGAAUAUGGCACAUGCUAUCCCAAAAAAUAGCCCUCGGUGCAACAUACGACUCUCCCAUGCGUCAACCUCGCUCCUCGUGUUAUUCUGGCACACGACUUGAGGCGACUCAAGCCUUAAAAGCGUCGUUGACCGGGGUCGAUCGAAAGAUUGUCUGGCUUGUCGGAGGGUCCGGCACCGGCAAGUCGACCAUCGCGUUUUCCCUUGCUGAGCACUUUAAUGAGCAGAAAAAGUUGGCGGCAACAUUCUUCUUUUCUCAG